UAAAGCUUCUCACACGCCCCCUUCAUUCACCUCUGCAUGGCAGGAAGCACCAAAACAUCUCACACUUCUUCUCUCUACGACCUGGCGGUGAAUCCUGAGUGGACAGACGGACAAACUUGUGGGGUGUGGGCACAUGUGGAAGGCCUGCAUGUUAACACCACGUGGGAAACAGAGAGACAAAAGGCAAAAUCAGACUGAGAAGAAAAACAAGGAGAUCUGAGAAGUAAAAACAGAUACAACAAUCUAGACUCAGACCGCAAAGACAAUGAUGAGUCUGAUAAUGUUAAUAAUUGCAGUGAUUAACAUGACAACAGCCUCAGUAACUGGUUCUCAGAUGGACAUUAAUCCUGGAGUUGAGACCUGCUUGGCAGAAAGAUUCUGUUACCAGCUGAGUUUCGGGGCCACAGAGAUUCCCUCCAAUAUCUCCAGCAACACCAAAUACCUGGAAGUUACGCAGACGCAGAUCAGAGUGAUUCCCCAGGGCGCCUUCACCAGUCUGCAGCACCUCAGGAAACUUACCAUAUUGCAGAACGACAUGCUGGAGAGUAUAGGUGCAUUUGCCUUCGCUAACCUCCCGCAGCUCACCAACAUCUUCAUCUCUGAGAAUGUUGCCUUGGAGAGGAUUGAAUCAUUUGCUUUCUCCAAUCUCCCAGAGCUCACUGAGAUAAUCAUAACAAAGUCAAAACACCUGCGCUCCAUCCAUCCAGAUGCAUUCAGGAACAUCAUGAAACUGCAGUAUCUGACCAUCUCUAACACUGGACUGAGAGUUUUUCCAGACUUCACCAAGAUCCGCUCCACGGCCCACGGCUUUCUGUUUGACCUGCAGGAGAACAGCCACAUUGAGAGAGUCCCCGCCAAUGCCUUCAGAGGCCUCUGCACUCAAACUAUCAGUGAGAUACGGCUCACCAGAAAUGGCAUCAAGGAGGUGGCAAGUGACGCCUUCAACAGCACAAAGAUGCACAGAUUGUUCCUAAGAGGCAACCAACAGCUCACUCACGUCAAUCCCAACGCCUUUGUGGGUUCCAGUGAGUUGGUGGUACUGGACAUCUCUCACACAGCCCUCAGCUCCCUGCCGGACUCCAUCCUCGGUGGACUCCAGAGGCUGAUAGCGCAGUCUGCCUUCCACCUGAAGAAACUUCCUCCCCUGCGGCUCUUCACCAAACUGCACCAGGCCAACCUGACAUACCCCUCCCACUGCUGCGCCUUCCAAAACAUACACAGGAAUAGAUCGAGGUGGAACUCCCUGUGCUCCCACCCCGAGGCUCAGGAUAACUUUCAUUUCUUCAGAGACCACUGCUCCAACUCCACCUCCAUCACGUGCAGCCCAAUGCCCGACGAAUUCAACCCCUGCGAGGACAUCAUGUCUGCCGUCUCCCUACGGGUCCUCAUCUGGAUCAUCUCUAUCCUUGCUCUGCUGGGGAACACAGUGGUACUCCUCGUAUUAUUAGGCAGCCGUUCCAAACUGACUGUUCCUCGUUUCCUCAUGUGCCACCUGGCCUUUGCUGACCUCUGCAUGGGCAUCUACCUGGUAGUCAUAGCAACCGUAGACAUGCUCACCCGAGGCCGGUACUACAACCAUGCCAUAGACUGGCAGAUGGGCCUGGGCUGCAGUGCUGCGGGCUUCUUUACGGUGUUUGCCAGCGAGUUGUCAGUGUUCACGUUAACAGCGAUCACUCUGGAGCGCUGGCACACCAUCACACAUGCUCUGCGGCUCGACCGUAAACUCCGCCUCAGACACGCGUGUGUCAUCAUGACAGCAGGCUGGAUUUUCUCAUCUCUGGCCGCUUUUCUGCCCACAGUUGGGGUCAGCAGCUACAGCAAGGUGAGUAUCUGCCUCCCCAUGGACGUGGAGUCUCUGGUGUCUCAGGUCUAUGUUGUGUCUCUCCUCCUCCUCAACAUCCUGGCCUUCUUCUGCGUGUGCGGCUGUUACCUCAGCAUCUACCUGACUGUCCGCAACCCCUCGUCAGCACCGGCCCACAACGACACCCGCGUGGCCCAACGCAUGGCCGUGCUCAUCUUUACCGAUUUCGUCUGCAUGGCUCCCAUCUCCUUCUUCGCCAUCUCGGCCGCCCUCAAGCUCCCUCUCAUCACCGUCUCAGAAUCCAAACUCCUGCUGGUCCUCUUCUACCCGAUCAACUCGUGCUCCAACCCCUUCCUGUACGCCUUCUUCACCCGCACCUUCAGGCGGGACUUCUUUCUCCUUGCGGCUCGCUUCGGUCUGUUUAAGACCCGGGCGCAGAUUUACCGGACGGAGAGUUCAUCCUGUCAGCAGCCGGCAUGGACCUCCCCAAAGAACAGCCAUGUGAUGCUGUACUCUUUGGCUAACGCACUGAGUCUAGAUGUGAAACCAGACUGCUGACUGUCUUUCAAAAAUCCACAGACCUUUUUGCUGAAUUGUCAGCACAAGGGUCAUAUUUCUCUCCCCAGAGAGGUCCUGUUUCUCUCUAAACAAAGUUCAUUCUUCUUAGCUCUGAUGGAGAUAUUGACAGAAUAUAAUGCAUUAAUACCUCUUAAAGUUAGAAAAAUCUCACGUGUUAUUAAGAUGUAGAAUCACACUGCUACAUCUUGAAAAUGGUCAACACUGAGUUUUAUCAAGCAGCUAAAACAUCAAUCACUGUCUGUAUAGAUUCAACAUGUGAACCACAACGACUCCAGGCACAACUGCUGGCGUCCUUCUAUGUAAUUGACAUGGUUAAACUCUUCUCUAUGCACAGUAGCAAUCCCAAGCACAGAUAGCUACAAAACAAGUACAGAUACUUUGACCAAAUCUAGGUCAAAUUACUGUCCUAGAUAAUUCCUUGUGUUUGUUUUAACUUGCUUGAAGUGCCAGAUGGGUGGGGUUUGCUGCAUCAUAACAAUUUAGAUCACAAGUAAAAGUAGAAAGAGUAAGAGAAGAAGUAAACUGUCUUCACUUUCAUGCACAGUCUUAUGUAACAAACACCAUCCAUCUGGUGUCCCAAGAUAACGAUAUGAACUAAAGCACUUUGAAAGUUUAACAAAGGUUUCAACGCUCAGGAUAUCAGCACAUGCACAUCAAGAAAUCAGCGUUCAUUGAACAUUCAACAUUAUGAUUGAAUGAUAUUCAUUAAGAGCCACACCAGAGGGAUAUACUGAUUAAUAAUCUUCUCAUACACUCCAUCUGCUGUAGCUUUCCAAUGUCUCUGCAUCCCCUUCUAUACCCUCAGUUUCUCUAUUUGUUUAAAAGAGGGACAUGUUAUUAUCUAUAGUGUAAUUAUGUUUAUCAUUUGUAGAUGAAAAUAUCAUUAAGUGUUUUUCUAUAUAUAUGUGUUUUGCACAAAAUGUAUCUUUGGUGUGUUUUUUUUCACAUCACUUUAUAUUUUUUAAAUUAUAUCAUCUGUGCUUGAGUAGAUUUUGUAUGGUCAAUGUGAAUGUACCAACAAAAGGAACAAAUCACUAACACACACAAAUUAAAUUGAGCUGUCUUUAUCUAAAAAUGCUGUCCUUCAGAGAAUUCAGAGCUUUCAAGGACAAAGUGACCCCACCAACCUCUGCUCCUUGUGCCAAGGUGGGUGGAUGGUUGUGGGAGGGGAGACUUCACAGCUGCUCUUGCUGCUUAUUACAGGAGGAGGGAUAUGGCAGCUAGAUAAGGCACACACACAGACACACACACACACACACAUACUAAGACACCCAGAAGCAAGCCAGGGUUUCAAGGCUGCAGCUGCAAGAAGGAGUCCAUCUCAUUGAUAUGGAUACACUGCCUCCUACAUGCCAACACUGACUGUGUGGGUGCAUUUGUGCUCUUAUGCCACCAGGUGAUGCUACUGAUGCAGGAUUUAUUGUGAUCCCUGUGCUGCUAUGGUCUAUUCAGCUGUGAAUGACAAUAUACCAAAUGAGCACACAUUUACAGCAGUGCCAUUACAAAAAUGCAUCAUCAUCAAUGUGGAGGCUAGUUUUAACAGAACAAUAACAAUAAAAUGUACAAUUCUCUGUCCUCACAUCUGGUGGCAUUCUUU